AUGGCUGGCCCUCCUGGGAAUGCCGAGACGUUGACAAGCUGGGUGCCCGACGAAGAGAGGGUCUCAGUCUAUCAGCGCAUCGUGCAAUGGGAGGAACGCUUGAAGGAGCUGAGGACUUCCUGUGUGGGUGUCGCCUAUGAAGAUGGCAUGUCUGGAGUCCAGACGCUCGGCGGGAGCCAGCAGCCGGUUGACAUUGUGAUCGACGCAUGCCUCUGUUCGGACAUCGAGAAGAAUUUCAAGUCCUACAAAGGCAUCCUCACGCUGUUUGAAACCGUUCCCCAGGCCAUCUUUGGCCAUGUGGACUGCCCACCGGAAGGUGAGGUCGACGUGCUUGUGAUUGGUGACUCCUCCACGGCUCUGGUUGACUAUCCAGACGAUCCCAAGAAGAGAAAGGUGAUCAGCCUGGGGGAGAUCCUUGCACAGUCGCCGCCUACUGGUGUGCGCAAGGUCCAUUGGAAAAUGCGUUGGGGGAAAGGCCUUGGUUCCAUCCACACAGGUAUCUGGGAAGCCAUGGACGAGAUUGCCGAGACGUGCAAGAAGGAGGGCAUCCCACAGAUACCGACCCUGGUCCUUAUCGGAUGGGCAGGAAAUGACGUGUACGGUGAGGGUGGAUAUCGUGGAUGCACAUGGAUCCAUCAGUCACGGUACAGCCGAACUCCUGCCGACCGGAAGGUCGCUGCUGAAUUUACUGAGAAGCAGCAUCGAAGGGUCAUCAACGCAAUGGACGAGAUCAUCAAGAUGCGAAGGCAUACCAUGAUCUAUGACAUUGUGGUCUUCGGUUGUGGAGACUCCUAUUCAUAUGGACUCCCACCGUCAUAUGGGCUGGAGAUGGGUCGGUGCUUUGGACAUCUCAUUGCUGGGGGGGUGAGGUGCGUUUCGACGUGCAUGCCCUCGGCAUUCAGCACGAGGUAUGACAAGCUCCACAUGACGGACCUCCCAUCGAACCGAACUCUCAUGAUAAAGUUUUUGAGGUCCAUGAUCCGAGCCCAUUUGAUCGUUAUGCAGAUCGAAGAAUUGGAGCCAAUCUUGCGCCAGAAGGCGUCAUUCUUGGAUGACGACCCCGAAGAACGCAUGAAGAUUGUCUAUCAGUACCCGAACCUGGCCCAGUUCAAGUUCUCACUCUCCAAGACGGAAGCCCAGACUGCUGAUGAGCACCUCAUGGACUACAUGGCCGAGCUAAAUGAAGUCGCCGAGGAUGAAGCCACCCGGGAGGGUGCGCCGAAACCCAUUGAGUUUACGGAGAGUGACCUCAAAUCCAUCGUGCCAGUCUUCAAGGACGACGUGGAUUCUGAUGAGGAAGAGGCCAGAUUGAGGGAGCAUCUACAGGCUGAUUUUGAUGAUGCCGCCGAUGCCGACUGGUCUCCGGUGCGGAGCGAAGCAACGGAGAACAUCCCUGGAAUUGAUGAGUGGGAAGCCAUCGACGACUCCCGCCCCGACAUUGUGCACAACAUCUUUGAUCGUGAAGACAAUGUUGAAAGCCACACUGAGGUGGACUAUGGGGCAGACAUUGAGGAAACAGCGGGGCCUGUCGAUGAGUUUGCUGACGCCAUCGUGAUCCAGGACGACGCCAUGGACGUCGACAAGACCGAGACCGAGACCAAGGACGAUGCCGGGAAUCUGGACGAUGUCAUGGUGAUUGAAGAGCCAGAAACCGGCCACCCUGCGGUCGAGGUCACGAAUGAAGAGUCCAAGGCGCCAGAGACGGAGGAGGCUGUUGCCGGGGGGACGGUUGCCACCGAUGCCAACACCACCACAGCUGAGGGGUCAAAGCUCGCCGGGAGGCCUGCCAGUGAUGAGAAAGCAGCAUCAUCGUCAGCAAAGCCCAAGCCAGAGGCAAAGAAGAUGCCAUUGAGUCAUCACACCGCCAAGGCACCCACUAAGAUGAUGGAUGAUGUUGCCAAGCUCAAGCUCGAGCAGGCGAAGGAGAGGCUUGAAGAUUCGGUAUGGCUUGAUCCGACUGACUUGAACAGCAGGAUCCCGUACAAGAACAUCAAUGCCAAUGGCCGUCUCCGAGAAAUCUCAGGAAAGAUGUCGAUGUACCUUCGCGGUCACGCACUUGCUGAUGGUUAUCCAUCGCCGGAGAUGGACUUCACUGACUUGUCAAUGGAUUGGGAGGAGCUGCGCCACCACUUGAACAACAAGAUCAGGAACGUGGUUGAUUGGGAAAUUCUCCAAGUCAUCCGCAGACGCAAAAGCUACAACGAGCGGGUCAAGAAGUCAAAGGAUCAGGGCGAAAGUGUUGUCCAAGCCCUCGUCCAGUCGAAGCGUGGCAAGAGCAUGGAUAUGCUGUUGGAGCAGUGGUCGUCAUUUUUGACAGGAGUGGAGCCCGGCAAAUUCUUUGCAUUGGUUCAGCCCAAAGCCCUUUCAGGUGUGAUCCGCGACAUGGAGGCCGCAGAAGGCAUUGAGUCCGAAGAGAUGAAGAACUAUCUGUUUGCCUACUAUGCGGCGGUGUCCAACUCUGAGAUCAUUGAAGGACGAGGAAAGGGCAAAGGCAAGAACCGUGGAAAAGGAAAGGGCCGCCACCCGGGAGGGAAGGCCGGUGUCAUCACCCAGAUGAGGAUCGAGGACCUCAAGUACCAUGAUUGCGUCGCCGCCCAAAAGGUGACCAUUCCCUUCCGAAAAUGUGAGAAAUGCGACCACAAUAUGCUGGACGGCAUGGCAAAAUGCCCCUCUUGCUACAUUUCUAUGGAGGCAUGGAGCGAUAACAGAGUGGCAACUGAAGUCUGCCGGUUGGAAAGCCGUGCCGCAGAGAUCCAUGGCGUAUUCGCCCUCAGCCAAGUCAGCCAGGUGCAGCCCAGAAAGCACCGAGCUGGAUCUGAGGCACGCCAGAGGAACCGUGCGGGACGUUCCAAUUUCGGCGUCAUGAAGGAAAACUAUGACGAUCUCGUCAGCUUCGCGAUCCAAAAUUGGACCGACAAUCAUGGUGCUUUGGAUUGGAAUGUCCACACUGAUGAGCCUAUUGCAGAGGCGAGUGACGUGACAUUUCCAGCAGCCAUGGGUCCAAAGAAGACGGAAGGAUUGAUUGACAAUCCACGCCGUAACUUCGACCCGAGGAUCACGGAGAGGUAUCGUCCCGAGGCCACAACUUGGAGAAUGUCCUCAUACGAUGAGCCCCAGGAAGGUUGCUAUCGGUGUGGGGCCCAAGACCACUGGCAGAGGGACUGCCCUUACCGCGGCAUGGGCGCACAUUACACGCGCCGUGUUCAAAGAGGUGAAUGGGGAUAUGCCCGGGACGAAAGUGACGGCCAUCGCAGGUCUGGGUGGUAUGCCGACCAAUGGCGUUAUGCUGAUAGCUGGCGCCAGUGGAACUAUGGCUACGAGGACAGGAGGUGGGGAAAAGGGAAGAAUGACCCCAAGGGCAAGACCCACGACACCAGCUACGUCAAAGGACCUGCCAAAGGAAAAGGCAAGGGAAAAGGACGCAGCUACUCGGGAGGGUAUGCCGCAGAUCGCGAACGUGAGAGAUCUCCACCCCCUUCUGGUGGUGCAUCUUCGUCCGCUGGGCCUCCGCCUCAAGAGUACUGCCCUGGGCGUAACACCAGAGUGAUUGAUGCUACGACCCAUGAGACCGUCACGAGCCAUGGUGUGAUCAGAGAACGUGUUGUCGAAGAAGCCGAUGGCACUAUGUACACUGAGAUCACAUUCCCUGAUGGCACAGUUGAACGGGAUUAUUGGUAA